ACCGACUUUUGUAGUUUCUUUUUUUUUUUCCUCUAUUGCACAAAACCAAAAAACGACAAUAUAACAAAAAAAAAACAAUAAAAAAGACAAAUAUAAAUCGACUCGCGAUUUAUUUCUUGUUCAUUAAUUUUCUUGUUUUUCUUGAGAAUAUUAAUUUUCUCGUUUCAGAUUGAUUAACAUGAACGAUCCAAUGGGAGAAACUGGAUUUUCUAGAGAAUCUGGCGAGAUCGUCUUCUCGGAGACGGAGAUGGCGGCGGCAGAACUGCUUAUGCAGCUGAGCGAAGAAGAAACGGGGAGCAGCAGCAGCAGCACCGGCGGAGGUGGCGCAGGAGAAGUAGGAGAAGGAAGAGGACGCAAGAGAAGGCAUGAAGAUGUUAGCUCGAGAGCCGGAGACGAGCAAAACGACGGCGUAAAAGGGAAUCGUGAUCUUGCCGUGAAGAUGAAGAAGAUGAAGGAAAAGAAGUUUCGAUCUCUCGAGAGUAUUUACAGAGCAACGAAGGAGAUUAGGGCUUAAUGGAAGAAAGUGGGAAGGUUAAUUACGUUUGUUAAUCGUUUUUUAGUAACCUGUUCAAUGGUUUUUGUGUGAAUAUGUAGUGUGCUUAAUCUAACGUCGGAGCUUGAGAAUUUGUGAUGAUAGUUUUUGAAGCUUUUAAGAUGAAAAUUGUAACAAAUAAUGAGAUGUUGUGAGAUACUCUUUUUUUUCUUUCA